AUCCUUCGUUUUCGUCUAUUAUCUUCUUCUUCUUCAGCCGAAUCUCAGCGAUUCGAAUCGAAUUCUUCUGCUUCCAUUUAUCUUCUUCGAAACCUAGAAGAAGAUUCGCGAUUUACGUAAUGGCGAAGUACGGCGAAGGCGACAAGCGAUGGAUCGUGGAGGACAGACCCGACGGGACCAACGUCCAUAACUGGCACUGGGCAGAGACGAACUGUCUCGAAUGGUCCCGGAGCUUCUUCAACAAGCAUCUCUCCGGCGCCGUCGUCCUCGCCGGAGAAGGCAACCUCUUCCUCAACAUCAAGCGGAUCGAGAAGGUCGACGGAGAGGCCUACGUCAAUGUGCGGAAGGGGAAGAUCAUUCCUGGGUACGAGCUCAGCGUCUCGGCGUCCUGGGAAGGCGAGGCGAAGGAUUCUGAAGGGAAGACGCUAUUGAAGGCCGAAGGGCUGGUUGAGAUGCCGUACAUCGCCGACGAGAACGCCGGAGAGGACCCGGAGAUCAGGUUCUCGGUUAAGGACGAAGGGCCGAUCGGGAAGACGUUGAAGGAGGCGAUGGUGGCGAAGGGGAAGCCCUUGAUUCUUGAGAAAGUUAGGGUUUAUGUUGAGGCCAUGGCGAAAGGGGGUCCGUGCAAGGACGAACUAGAGGCGAAGAAGGUGGCUCCGAAAUCUGCAGCUGCGGCGGCGAAGCAGGAGGGUGGAGCUUCUCCGGUGGUUACAGCUGCGGCGGCGGAGGAGAAGAAGAAGAAGAAGAAGAAGGAAGAUAAGAAGGGGUUCAAGACGAUUACUUUGACUGAGAAAUUCAAUUGCAGAGCUAAGGAUAUAUACGAGAUUCUCAUGGAUGAGAAUCGGUGGAAGGGUUUCACUCAGAGCAAUGCCAAGAUCAGCAGAGAAGUUGGUGGGCAGAUCAGUGUCUUCGACGGAUCGGUCACUGGCACGAAUUUGGAGCUUGAAGAAGGCAAACUCAUAGUUCAGAAAUGGCGGUUCGGAAGCUGGCCCGAUGGUCUUGAUUCCACGGUGAAGCUGGCUUUCGAGGAGCCUGAACCAGGGGUCACCGUUGUUAAGCUAACUCACACCGAUAUCCCUGAAGAGGACAGAUACGGGAAUGCGACCGUGGCGAAAAAUACCGAGAGAGGAUGGAGGGAUCUAAUUUUCCAUAGGAUUCGUGCGGUUUUCGGGUUUGGAAUAUGAUUUUUUUCCGGCUCCGAAGCUCAAGGAAAAGGAACUUCCAUUCAGACGGAGUGAAUAUUAUUAUUAUCAUCUCCUUGAGGGGUUACCUGUUCUUUUAGUUCAUCACAAGACUGCAUACAAAAAGACAAUUCAAAUGUACGCUGUCGGUUUCUUACCGUCUGUGCAUUUCCCAUAGACCCUAAUCUCGUUCUGCAAAUGGCGUAAGGUUUACGUUUACGGUGCUGUCUUGUUUGCAUAUCUGCUUGGACUUGUUACUUGCUCUUUUUAAGAAUCCAGACAGACAAAUGCUCUUUUUAAGGUUUAGGGUUAUUCGAGUGUUUUUCUCGUUUUUCUGUAUCUGGAUAUGUAAAAUUCAAAAUCCCCACUUCCAAACAAAAGUUUUCAUUUCA